UACUGUAAAUACCUAAAAAUCAAGUUAAUAAACAUUAUAAUGAAUAUAAAAUUUGUUUUUAUAGAUCAAGUAAAAAGGAAACACCUGAUCCAAAUACCGAAGAUAUAAUAGAUGAGUUAGAUUGUGGUGAAAGUGUUAAUUAUACUGUAUAUGAUCACAUGUCUGGAAUAUUAAAUAGAUAUUUGCAUCCUCAUAUUACUGAAUUAGAUGUAGCAACAUUAUUUAAAAAGAAUGGAAAUAAAAAAGAUGUAGAUGUCAAUCAAUUAGAAAAAAAGUUAAGAAAAAUUCGGAAAGAGAAGCCAAAUUCUACAGAUACUUACAAUCAAAUUGGAAAUUUUUGGAGAAUAAAAGGAGACACAUUAAAGGCUAUAGACUGUUUUCGUAAAACAUUGAGUAUCUCCCCCAAUGAUCCAGAUGCUCUCUUAAACUUGGCAAGGAUAUUAUUUAAUUUACAAUAUCUAGAAGAUGCAAUAUUUCUAGCAAGAAGAUCUGUGGAAGUUAAUCCACCACAACAAAGUGCCUGGUUACAUCAUUUCAAACUAGGUGAAAUUUUAAAAGCUUAUGGUCAUUAUCAUGAAGCUAGUUUACAGUUUAAACAAACUUUAGAGCUUAAUCCAUCCUUUAAGCAAGCAUCAAUUUAUUUAAAGGAAAUCGAAUCACUGCCUGACACAACUGUUCACAUUUAUACAUUUUUCAUUAUAGUAAUUUUAGUACUAACUGUAUUUUUAGGCAUUCUGUCCACCGUCGAAGCACACAACGAGGAAUUUGCUGACGGGUUAAAAACAAAGCGGCAUUUUAAUCGUGCCAUGGCCAUGCGUUCAAUAAAACUUGGCAUGAAUCCACGUAAUUUAAGAUGUAGGAAAUAUCACUCUUAACUUGUUCAUUUACAAGUUUUUAAAAAAUUUGCAAACGUUUUUAUGUAAAUAACAUUAUACAUAUUGUAAAAAUUCAAACACAGUAAAUCUUAGCAAUAAUAAACUAAAUAAUCAAGAAGCAAAAAUAUUAAUGUUUAAAUGCUCAUUUUUACAAAAAAACACUUAUUUGCCUUAAAUUGCAAGAAUCAAGCAAAACGAAUGUGUUCAAAAUGCAAAAAUGUUUUUACAAAUUUUCAAAUGAAAAUUCUAUUUUCUGUUUUUGUAUAUUUAGAAGAAAAGCAAUCCUGCUUACAUCUAGUCUGACUUGUUUUAGAAAUCUUUUAAAUGAAAAUCAUAAUUUGCUAAAAGCUUAGUUGUGUUGAAACUAUUACUUUUGUACAAGAAGUAUAAUAGAAAUUAGCAAUAAAUGAAUAUGCAUAAACAGUUGUGACAAAUUUUAUUUCAGCUAGUCCCAUACAAUUUCCAAAAUUUUUUCCUCUUCGGAUAUUUAAUGCCUUAAAACAAUGUUUUAAUUUUUAAUGAAAAUACCUCAACUCAGUUUUUUGUUAUAAAUCAAUAAAUAAUGAAAAUUCUCUAUAAUCAGUAAUAAAUUCUCA